CCGCCGCUGCUGCCACUGCCGCCACUGCCGCGGAGGCGCGGGGUCGGGGGCUGCGGUGGUGUCGCCGGGGCGCCGUGAGGACGCGAGGCGAGCGGGCCGCGCCAGGCUCCGAGCAGAGGCAGGACCGGGCCGCCCUCGCCACGCCCGCCCGCCCGCCCGCCCGGGAUGCGGCGCUGAGGCCCAGCAUGGCCGGCCCGGGCCCCACCUUCCCGCUGCACCGGCUCGUCUGGGCGAACCGGCACCGCGAACUGGAGGCCGCGCUGCACAGCCGCCAGCAUGACAUUGAACAGGAGGACCCCCGCGGGCGCACCCCGCUGGAGCUGGCCGUUUCCCUGGGGAACCUGGAGUCCGUGAGAGUCCUCCUCCGACACAAUGCCAACGUGGGCAAAGAGAGCUGCCAGGGCUGGGCAGUCCUGCAGGAGGCGGUCAGCACUGGGGACCCUGAGAUGGUGCAAGUGGUGCUCCAGUACCGGGACUACCAGAGGGCCAAGCAGAGACUGGCUGGCAUUCCGGAAUUGCUCAACAAACUCCGCCAGGCCCCUGAUUUCUACGUGGAGAUGAAGUGGGAGUUUACCAGCUGGGUGCCCCUCGUGUCCAAGAUGUGCCCGAGUGACGUGUACCGUGUGUGGAAGCGGGGUGAGAGCCUGCGGGUGGACACCAGCCUCCUGGGCUUCGAGCACAUGACCUGGCAGCGUGGCCGGAGGAGCUUCAUCUUCAAGGGCCAGGAGGCAGGAGCCCUGGUGAUGGAAGUGGACCAUGACCGGCAGGUGGUGCACACGGAGACGCUGGGGCUGGCCCCUCCUGAGCCGGAAGUGCUGCUGGCCGCCAUGCGGCCAAGUGAGGAGCACGUGGCCAGUCGCCUCACCUCUCCCAUCGUCUCCACCCACCUGGACACUCGAAAUGUGGCUUUUGAGAGGAACAAAUGUGGUAUCUGGGGCUGGCGGUCUGAGAAGAUGGAAACCGUUAGCGGCUACGAGGCCAAGGUGUACAGCGCCAUGAAUGUGGAGCUGGUGACACGCACACGCACGGAGCACCUCUCUGAUCAGGACAAGUCGAGGAGCAAAGGGGGGAAGACUCCGUUCCAGUCCUUCCUCGGGAUGGCCCAGCAGCACUCCUCCCACAAUGGGGUUCCUGUGCAGCAGGCAGCCAGCCCCACCAACCCCACAGCCAUUUCCCCCGAUGAAUACUUUGACCCCAACUUCAGCCUGGAGUCACGGAACAUCGGCCGCCCCAUCGAGAUGUCCAGCAAAGUACAGAGAUUCAAGGCAACACUGUGGCUGAGCGAGGAGCACCCGCUCUCCCUGGGUGACCAGGUGACACCCAUCAUUGACCUGAUGGCCAUCAGCAACGCUCACUUUGCCAAGCUGCGGGACUUCAUCACCCUUCGCCUCCCACCGGGCUUCCCAGUCAAGAUAGAGAUUCCCCUUUUCCAUGUGCUCAAUGCCCGCAUCACCUUCAGCAACCUGUGCGGCUGUGACGAGCCUCUGAGCUCGGUGUGGGUGCCAGCCCCUGGCUCUGCUGUCCCAGCUUCAGGGAGCCCUUUCCCAUGCGAGGUGGACCCCUCGGUGUUCGAGGUGCCUGAGGGGUACAGCGUGCUGGGCGCAGAGCGCAGCGAGCCCCUCCGCGACGAGGACGACGACCUGCUGCAGUUCGCCAUCCAGCAGAGCCUGCUUGAGGCAGGCACAGAGGCGGAGCAGGUGACUGUCUGGGAAGCCCUGACCAACACCAGGCCUGGCACCCACCCUCCGCCCCGAGCCAUGGCCUAUGAGGAGCAGCUUCAGCUGGAGCGGGCCCUCCAGGAAAGCCUGCAGAUGUCCACAGAGCCCAGGGGCCCGGGAUCCCCUCACAGGACACCCCUGGCCCCGACCCCCGCAAGCUUUGAGGAGCAGCUUCGUCUGGCCCUGGAGUUGUCCUCGCGGGAGCAGGAGGAGCGGGAGCGGCGAGGGCAGCAGGAGGAGGAAGACUUGCAGCGGAUCCUGCGGCUCUCGCUCACAGAACACUGAGCGCUGGCUGCCCAGCCCCCGGGAGGGCUGUCCGGGCCACCCCCCACCCGCUUUUGUAACUUAUUUAUUUAUAAACUGUCUGCUGCUGAUUUGGGGCCUGGAGCCCCGGGGAUGGGCUUGCCUGGGAGACCAAGAUGGAAAUAAAGAGACCUUCAGCGGCA